ACUCGAAGGAUAGAAACUUUUUUUUCCAGCCCCCGGGGAUAAUAAGAAGAGGAGGGCGCUUUUCCCUGCCGCCAUCUCAAGCGUUUGCUGGCUGGAUGCUUUAGGGAUCGCUCGCCUUGGUCGAGCGUGGUCGCUUUAAGUGCGCCAAAAAGAUCUCUCUCUCUCUCUCUCUCUCUCUCUCUCUCUCUCUCUCUCUCUCUCUCUCUCCUUUCCUUCCUUCCUUCCCUCCCUCCCUCUCUCUCUCUCUCUCUCUCACUCUCACUCUCUCACUCACUAACUUCUCUCUUUCUCCCCGCCCCAUCUUUCUCGGCAACUGCAGCGCAAGAGGUUUUCCCGGACGCCGAGCUAAACUGAGCGGCCGGUGCAACUCAGAACACGCCAACCGGCUCCUUGCCCGAUCGGGAUCUCUAACAGGCGGCGGCGGCGGCGGCGGCAGAGACAGACAGCAGCGACAGCGGCAUCUUAGAUCGCCGGCAGCCCCGGUCCCAGACGACGAUCUUAAGCUGCUCUCCACCUUCUCAAGACCGCGAACCGCAACCACUUGUGCGCACAGCUCCCUCGUGAACGGCGGCAUUAUGACCCAGAGAGACCUGGGAGAAGCGUUAAUGAACAGGUCCCAAUAUUCCAUGUGAUUUGCAGCUAUCAGCUUCUAAAAAUGUUGACUUUAGGAUGACCACCAAAACAUUGAGCGCGCGCCCUCGCGGGCUGGAAGAAGCGCUCCGGGCCGGCGUGCCGCCAAUGCAAGACUUGCUGCUCCUCCUCCUCUCGCUGCUGCUCGCCUUCCAGGCGGUGAAAUUUCUGGUCUUCGAAUGGUCGCGACGGAGGAGGCUGGAACCGCCGGGUCCUUUCCCGUGGCCCCUUCUGGGCAACGCCGCUCAACUGGGCCGCGCCCCUCACCUAGCUUUCGGGCGCCUGGCGGCUACCUACGGCAGCGUUUUCCAACUGCGCCUCGGCAGAUGGCCAGUGGUAGUGUUGAGCGGCGAGCGCGCCAUCCGCGAGGCCCUCAUCCGCCAAGGGGCCGCCUUCGCGGGUAGGCCGCCUUUCCCUUCCUUUCAGCUGGUCUCCGGCGGGCGCAGCUUGGCCUUCGGAGGCUACUCCGAGCUGUGGAAACUGCAGAGGCGCUUGGCGCACUCGACCUUGCGCGCUUUCUCGGCGCACCGCCUCCUGGAGCAGCCCUUGCUGGCUGAGGCGCGCACUGUGGUGCGUCUCCUGGUGAGCGCUUGCGCCGGCGGCGCCUUCGUAGAUCCGUCUCGGAGCCUGGGGGUGGCCGUGGCUAACGUCAUGAGCGCGCUUUGUUUCGGCCGCCGCUAUAGCCACGCCGACGUCGAGUUCCGGCGGCUGGUGGGUCGAAACGAGCAGUUCGGGCGCACGGUGGGCGCCGGGAGCGUGGUCGACGUGCUGCCCUGGCUGCAGCGCUUUCCCAACCCGGUGCGCUCAGCCUUCCGCGCUUUCCGCGCUCUCAAUCACGAGUUCUACAGCUUCGUCCGCCAGAAGUUUCUCUGGCAUCGGAACAGCCUCCGCCCCGGAGACCCUCUACGCGACCUGAUGGACGCCUUCAUCCGCCUUCAGCAAACGCAGCCUGGCUUGUCUCUGGAGCAUGUGCCGGCCACCGUCACGGACAUCUUCGGCGCCAGCCAGGACACUCUCUCUACCGCCCUGCAGUGGCUCUUGAUCUUCCUCAUCAGGUACCCAGAGGUGCAAACUAAACUGCAAGAAGAAAUAGACAAAGUCGUUGGCCGAAACCGCCUGCCCUGUGCUGAGGAUCAGCCCCAUUUGCCUUCUGUCAUGGCUUUCUUAUAUGAAUCUAUGCGUUUCAGUAGCUUUGUGCCAGUUACCAUUCCUCAUUCUACCACAGCCGAUACCAUCUUGAUGGGCUACCACAUUCCCAAAGACACAGUGAUCUUCAUCAAUCAGUGGUCAGUGAACCACGACCCAGUGAAAUGGCCUUCUCCAGAAGUUUUUAAUCCAGCAAGAUUCCUGGAUGAGAGUGGAUUCCUGAAUAAGGACCUUGCUAGCAGCGUGCUGAUUUUUUCAGUGGGCAAACGAAGGUGCAUUGGAGAGGAGUUAUCCAAAGUGCAACUCUUUCUCUUUACUGCCGUCUUAGUCCACCAGUGCAAUUUCAAUGCUAAUCCAAAGGAAGAUUCUAAAAUGGAUUUCACUUAUGGCUUGACUGUUAAACCAAAGCCAUUUACACUCAGUGUCACACUACGAGAUAGCAUGGAUUUGCUGGAUAAUGCUGUCCAGGGACUUCAGGCCGAAAAUGCAUCUGAAAAUUGCUUGUUUAAUACAUGAAUGCUCAGGUUUGAAUGUUGUCUGUAAUGCUGUGUAAGGAUUGUAUUUCUCCCCUCUUUUUGUUUUUUUGUAAUGAAGCAUUUAGAAAUACAAUGUAUUCUGGAGAAAUGCUAGCAAGAGACAAAGUAAGACAACGUAUGAAUACGCAUGGUGUGGUUUGCAAACUGAUGUUUUAAUUACCUCAGCAAAUCUUGUCAAUGUUCUCUGUAGUAUGAAUUUAAUCAUUAGAUUGCUUCCCUAAUUACACUCUGGCAUUCCUAUAUUUUGUUCACUUAUCUUUUUACUGGCCAUCCACACAAUUCCCUCAUUACACAGUUCCCUUUCUGUAUUUUCUUUGUGUUUUUAACCUUUUCAGGGAAGGCUAUAUUUCUCUAACAACAUUCUAUCCAGAAAAAGACAUGUUAAUGCUGAAGACCAAUUAAGAAUCAAUAGAUUAUAAAAUAGUACCUUCUGUCAAGAUAAUGCACACAAGUACUAGGUUUCAGAUGGCUAGAUAGAUGACUUUUCCACCAACAGUAGAAUUGUCAGAUCCAUCGUGUUAGGUGACAAAUAGAAAAAAAUAUAGGAAAUCAGUUUCUGUAAUUGAGUGUCUUCUAAGUGUUAGGGCCCUCAGAAUUCUCUAUAUUGGUUUCAAAUGGUAAGAACAAUGUAUAUUACUCCUAGAAGAUACCCAUCUGAAACCUUAAAUAUUAACUCUACUUUUUAAAAGAACCUACAUUAACUUACAUAUGGUGCAUUGACAUUUGCUAAGUCUGUGUCUAAGCUCUAUCUAAUAUAUUGCAUAGGCUUGUAGUUGUAUUCCUAAUGCUCAACAAAUGUUGAAAUUCAAAUAGGGUUUUUUCUUUUUGUUGCUCAUAGGGUGGCUUUAAAACAAAUUCAGAAAUGCACUUCAUAUUAUCUUAACUAAAUGGGUGCAUUGCAUUGCACAUGCAUAACAUAUUGAUAAGAGAUGAUGUAUUUAGUAAUGUGAAUUAUUUUUAUCCCCCUAAUACAUGUUUUCAAGGUAUUCCACAUAUUAUUUGUAGUUCAGUCAGCAUUUAUAAAUCAGUUAAUUUACCUGGCUUUCUUUAGUUAAGUGCAUUCUAUAGAAUGCAUUUUUUUUCAGAAAUAGAAUGAUCUGUCCUUGAUCAAAAUAUACUUAGGAAUAAUAGGAAAAAAUGAAAUAAAAUGGAUUGUCUAUGUUUUAAACUAAUUGAAUAGGAAGUCGAAAGCUCUGUGAAUUUUGCUGAUGAAAUCAGUGGUUUACUAAUGAGAGGCAAAAACUUCAAAGUUGUGAUCUUUCAUUUAAAAAGGUUCUUGGUAAAAAAAAAUAGUAACAGCAUACAAUCAUUCUGUAUGUUGUAUACAGUUUGAGUGAUGGAAGAUUGGAAUGCCCAGGCCCCUUUGAGUUGACUGUCCUCCAUUGACCCCAUGUGAAUUUGUCACUAAGUCAUUAUUUUCCAGAUCAUCUAAGCCAAACUACCAUAAACUAUCUCCUCUCCAGAGACAACCUGAGAACCAAACAUGGGAGUCUGAAAGUUGUUUAAGUUGGAAAAAGUUGUCCUCAGACUUUACCUUCCAAAUUGAGUGUUCUAUGUAUGUGUAAAUUACUAUUUGAAACAUUAGCACUCAUUUUAGGAAAAUAGAGGGGGGACAACACAUCAUGUCUCUGAUUUCCACACAGUUAUCAUAUUCCAUACAAUUUUAUCCACAUCUGCAUAACCUGUUGGCUUGUGCUGAAGUAUAGUUUUCAGCAGCCCCAAGCGGCCAAUGGUAAUAGUUGCAAAAAGAACAUGAAGUGCCACAAGUUGCUUAUCCCAAGUAAAGAUUCUCAUGCUGUAUUGCCAAACAAUGUUCUGGAUUACUUUAAAGGUUUAAUAUCAAGUCUUAUCAGGGCAAUCUGACAAGUAUCAAAUUUGGUUCUGAGUAAAACUCCCACAGUGAAUAAUAAUUCAGUGCCUUGCUUCUGUUUUUAGAUGUCAUAUAUAGAGCACUAUUCUCAAACCUGCUAAAAGCCGAGUUUCAAAAAACAUCCAGCUGUAUACAUUGGAAAAUGAAACGAUGGGUUUAUGAUUGCCAGUGCAUUAUAUUGGUCUUCCCUAUCCUGAUACCCUGCAUAGGUGUUAGAUUCAACUUCCAUAAUACUCUGCCAGCAUGGCCUUUGAUCCUACUGGGAUAUUAGUUCAAUCCCUGAAAGCAUCAUACUGUAUUCUAGAAAGCUAUAUUAUGUAAUCCUGCAGCUGUAUAGACCAAUGCAUUUGCCUGUGCAUUCUAUUUCUGAAAUUCAAAAUAGCAAUAAACUCAUCCAUUCCUAUACGUAAGAACUCUUAAUUUUAUACUUCAUUUUGAGAGAGAAAGCAUAGAGUUUAAAAACAAAUCUAGAAAGGUGAUAUCAAUUAUUUCAUAAUCUACAACAAAUAACAUUUGUUCUUGCAGAACUUAGCCUGCUCCUGUGAAACCCUCUGUAUGAUUAUAAACAUAUUAAUCUCAGGUUAACAUAGGAUUGAACAUAGGGUAAUAUUUUUAGUUAUGUAAAGAAGGUUUGUAAUUGUGUGUUGUGUAUGCUUAUGAAUAUGCAUAUAUAUUACAGAAUGUAAUAUUUCAACUUAAUUCUCACUGACUUUCUUUUAACAAAUGUUGACUGUAAUUUUGUUUAUUCAACUUUCCCAAAACCUUUAAAAUAUAUCAGACUGAUAAUACAGCAUGUAUAUAUGCAAACUGAAUUCAGUUAUAUAAAUCAGUUUUGCAAAUCACCGAUAUGCAAAAUGGUCAAUUCCAAUCUGGGUCACCAGGACAACAGGUUUAGUUUUCCGAGAUUUCAGACUCGUGCUGGAGCCCAUCCUUGGGCAACUUCUCUCUCAACAGGACGUGUCACAGUACGGUAAUGUGUCACAUUCUGGUAGAGAGAAGUUCCCUGAGAAUGGGCACCAGCACGAGUCCAAAAGUUUAGAAGACUAAACCUCUGGAUCCUGCAACAUUAUCCUGGGACACGUAUAUUUGCCUUCAUUCGUAAUAGUCACUUCAUUUGAAAGCCAGUAGAUCUGGGCGGGUUUUUUUUUUAAGCUGGGUGAUUAAUUAAACAAAUUAUUACAAUUUCUUCCUCUAUUCCAAUUACUUUGUACUUAAUGAAAUUUUAAAAAGUAUAUCACUUUGGAUUGUCUUGAAUUUUAUUAUCGUGGUUAGGGUCAGGCAACAUGGAGUCACUCUUAGUGUCCAUCAAGUUUUUAUUGUUUGUACCACCUAACUUUUUUCUUUUUUAAUUUGUUUUAUUUUAAAAAAUGACUGAGCAGCUGGCAGAGCACACAAGAAAAUGCCAGUCUUCUGAAAAUACUUCUGGCUUAAAAUAUACUACAAGAACUCCUUUAAAAAAAACAACAACCUGUGUGGGGUUGUAAUCCAAUGCUUUAUUUGGAUAUGUGCCCACCUGCCCAGAAAAAAACUUCAAAGAAAAUCUGGGGGAGAUUAAAAUGCAUGCUGAAGUAUUACAGGAAACAUCUUUCCAUUGGCCAGGAACAUCUUUUCAUUGGUAUCUUUUUAAUUUUCUUGUUUUAUAAGAGUGGGUAGAACAUGCUCUUAGCAUUCCAAAUAUGUACGUCCACCCACAAAAUUUGCCUGGCUGUCCUCUAGAAGCUGUGUUGUUUUUCACAACAGAAAACACCUUCAAAAGUGGGAAAUUUAAGUACUUCUCUUAAGACUUCAUACAUUUGUUCUUAUAAAAUGAAGCAGGAGAGCCAGCAUUAGUUGUUUUCUGUGUUUAAUCAUUGCAUAAUAGUUUUGGAAAUUUCUGGCUUUGGAAAACUCAGAAUCUAGUUUCUGGGCUUGUUUGCUUGCUUGCCUGAACUUUUAUCCUUUCUUUUAAGACUCAACACAUUUUCAGCAUCCUGAUGAACCUGUUGCUGGUCAAUUUGAUAUGGUUCUGUGAUUUUGUUUCAUUUUUUGUUAUUAACCUAGCUUAAAUCCCUCUAUCUUAGCUGGGUGUCUUGGCCCUUUUCUUACUAAGUACAGUUUGUUCCUUCUCUACCUCCUGUUCAUCUACAAAAUCAUAAUCUUUUGUACUUUGAAGCUUAGCAGAGAAAUAUUUUUUGGGCUUGUUUGAUUUGGGUUUAAGAAUCAGCAAAAGUUUUAAAUUACCUUUGUGGUAGGUAACCCUGGGAUUACAUUUAGGGCAGCCAGGCUCAGUGUUUAACGCCUAAUGCCUUUUGGUGGUAAAAUAUUCUGAAUAUACGGUACCCUAAUGUUCUGUGGAAUCAGUUCAAUGGUAGAUUGCCCCCGAUUCAGACCAGUUUUAUAGAACUGGUAGUAAAACCGGAGGGAGGCUCCGCCCACUGACCCCGACGUCAUCAGAACUCUUCUGCACAUGUGCAGAAGUUUCUGCGUAUGCGCAGAAGAGCGAGUGUGCAUGCAUGCACGAACAAAGCAAGCGCACGCACGUGGCACCGUUGAGAACCGGUAGUAAAGGUGAGUAGAACCCACCCCUGAAUCAGUUGCCUUUUAUAUUUUACUGGAGUUACAAAGAGAUUAGGCUUCUAAUUUUAUAUAAAUUUUAUUAUAAUGCACAUUCAUUUACAGUUUCUCCAGUAAAAAGUAAAAUUCUAAUUUUAUUUUAUAUUACUUCCUGAUAAUAGUUUAUACUAACCUUGAAUCUUUAGAUGUACCUGGGUGUUGGUAUUUCUCCUUUCUUCUAACUUCCUGGCUAUAAUCUCAGUGGGAGGUUCUUGAUGCUUUCUUUGUUUAUGCUGUAUUCAUCUUGAAAGAAAAUGAUUUUUCCUGUGUUUGUACCAUGUUAAUUAUAUGUAUUAUUAAUCUGAGUUGAUCACGCAUAUUGUUGCAAUAUGAUCGUGUGUAAAGAGAAUGGGGGUCUGUAACUCUCAUAUGUCCUUAAUCAGUAGAUGGUCUAUGGGUAGAUGUGGUUGGGGAUGAAGUGUUUUGGAUAAAUUAUUGUUGGACUACCUAGAGAAGUCUUCCUAAUCUUCAUUAUUGUAUUGUAUGUCUGUUAUCCAUCAUUAUUUGUAACAAGGAACGUAAGUACCAUCCUCCAAAGAAAAUAAAUUUCUAUUGUAUAAAUUGUUAAUCAGUAUAGUUUUAAUAAAGAAACCUGGUUUAUUUCCA